AUGGCGGCGUCCUUGGCAGAGACGGCACUCCCGAGUCAGGAGGAGAUCAACACGCUUGGGCUGGCCACGGCAGUGGGGCCCAUCGCCACCUGGGCCGGCCUCGCGGAGGAGCCCUUGGCGCAGUUGUCCGAGGUCUUGGGGUUCAGCUCUGUGCAGGACUUCAAGCAGGCGCCGCCGCGCCUGCUGGCGGCGUCCCCGCCGGAGGCAUUCAAGGAGGCGCUCAAGGAGUGGAUGGGCGCCUCAUUCCUCUCCAAGGCUGGCGCGCGCCUCCUCUACAAGGUAGCGGUGGCGCUGUGCACGGCCAAGGUCUCUUCGGAGGCCAGGCCGGCCGAGGGGGCGGCGACCACCAAUGCGAAGAAGAAGCUGAAGCUCGCGCACCUCAUCGACAGCACGGACGACACGGAGAUCAACGCGCCCGACACGGACCAGGUGACACGAUGGUUCGAGAACUACGCCGAGAUCAAGCACGGGGAGCCGCUCGAGCACCACGAGCCGACCCCGGACCAUAUCGCAGCGCUCCACACCCGCGUUGUGGAGCUGAAGGCGGAGCCGUACGCGGACUUCUCGCUGCUCACGCCUUACGGCCGCCGCAUGGCCAAGAUCCUCCGCCACCGGAGCUGGUUCCUCCAGGAGGACGGCUCCUACAAAGCCAUGGAGGUACCAGGGCCCGCGAGCUUCGAGGUCUGGGAGAAGUGCUUCGACGUCUACGAGGUCAUCCUCCUCAUGCUCCGCUUUCCGCCGGCUGCGGAGGGCGACGGCCGCCCGGAGGUCGUGGUUACGCCAAUCGCGAUCGACGCUUACCGGGAGGCCUUCAAGCAGCUGUGCAAGGAGCACCCGGAGUGUUGGCACCUUUGCCAGCGCGCCGAGGACCGCUGCCGGGCGGAGCACUUCGCCAGGGUAGCGCGCAAGCUCCGGGACAAACACCGGCGCAAGCCUACUUGGAGCGAGGUCUUCCAGGAGGCUGCCUUGGACGACCGCUACUGGGACCGCGAAGAGCCCCCGGCGAAGAAGACGGUCUCCCAGAAGCGCCGGGAGAGGAAGCAGAAGCUGGUGGAGGUUGGGAGCGAGAGCAAUCCAGCGAAGGGCAGCCGCAAGGGCGAGACACACCCCAGGAAGGACAAGCAGGGCCGGUUCAUUACGACGCGGGAGGGGCAGGAGAUCUGCUUCAAGUACGCGAACGGCCCCGACAAAGGCGGGUGCACG